AUGGCUUCUUCCGAGCCAGUGCACCCGCUGCGCAUCUCUAAGAACAACGGAAUGAUACCUUCGCCGACCAAGAAGCUCGCUCCUAUUCCGCGGCCUCUUUCGGAGAUUUCUCCGUCAGAGAAGCGGCGUAACUCGCCUAGCUGGAAUCAGACGACAAAGAAACUGGGUUUGUCCACCGAGUCCUCGCCAUUUCAAUCCUCGCCGCUGGACAGCGCCACAUCACCACGCCUGUUCUGGCAGAACCGUGGCGGUUACAACACAGAAAACACAUUCGGCGGCCGUUCGGGAUCGCCUUCGCCGACACGCCGUUCUUCUAUUGAGCGCCUGCAAAAGGCAUCUCGCGUCAAGAACAGCAGUAUCCUCGCUCAGGAGCAGAAGAACGAAUACGAUCCUACCAAGCUCCCCAGAAUUGAACGACCCCUGUCUAAAAUUCAGGGAAAUUCGUUUGGUGGCCUCGGUAUCAUAGGCCUACGGAGUCCCGUCGAUUCUAAGCUUCACCAGCGCAAUGGGAGCAAGACUGAGAUUCCCUUCUACACUCUAACGAAGACGACUACUUCAGCUGCGACAAUCCCAUCAGAAUCACCGGUCGAGCACACUUCCGAGCCCCAGCACGUUGCGGCUCGCACUGGUCCCGUUUCGCCAAGCAAGGAUCAAGCAUCUCCUAUCAAGUCGUCUCUUUCUAGCCGUUACAAGAGCAACUACGAUGAAUCCGACCUCAACUUCGACAGCUCUGUGGGCGAGCACGAUCUUCCCCAUGGCACAUCCCUUCACCGCCACGCCAAGAGUGUCACCUUCGAUGCAGCGCCACCGCAGGUGAACGAGUAUGAGAUGGCUACUCCCGAUCUGUCAUCGGUCGGCAGCAACUCUCGCGAAGGAAGUUACGAAUCUGACGAAGAGGACGACGACUACGACGACUAUCACUACUCGGGAGGCGAUGGUGGUGGCCAGGAUGACAGCUUUGAUGCGUCAUUGGAAGAUACAGAGAAAACUCCAGUUGUCGGUCCAGAUGAUUGGAGACACGAUAGUCCUGCUGUCCGCCAGAAGAUGUUUGACGGCAGUCCAUUGCCAGACUCACAACCUUCUGCGGCUAUCAGCCAGCAUGAAGCAAAAGUGUCUUCUGGUUCCAGUGGCGAGCACAGGCCACUUCCCCCAUUGCCUGGCUUGCCGUAUGCACGCAGCAACUCUGCUUCCUCCCCCCGUCUCUCAGCCACGCCGGAGCGCGUGCUUGGAGGUAGUCUGCGCGGCUUGCCCUCCCCUCCCUCGCCUGGCGUUACCAAAGCCGAUCUCGACAACAUUGGCAGUGGCAAGAUGACGCUUGAGGAGCGCUUGAAGCUGAUGAUGCUAUCCGACGAUGGCAGAUCCGCUGCCGAGCAGCAGAGAGAGCGUCGCAUGAGACGUGCUGGUGGCAGGGACCGCACAAGUAGCCAGAGCCACGAAACGGACGCCGCCGAGCAAGAAGAAGAGUUGGAAGAGCAUGACGACGAAGCGGAUGACACCAUUGGAGAACUUUCGGGUCUCGAGGAAUACCAGCUACCGCCAAGAAUAUCUCGGGAAUCAAUUCUUAGACGUGCAAAUGGCAGUCUCGCUCCGGCCCGCGACGGAGACUACAACUUUUCGUCCCCGCCCAGCUCCAGUCCCGAGCGUACACUCCAGCUCGAUCCGGAUGUUCCAAUCCCAAGCACGGAGCAUGAUGAUGACAGUUUUAUCAGUGACGAGGACGGGGAUGACCUCGAUGCUGAUAUAUACGACACAUCAGACACUUAUACUAGCGAUGGCGAAGACGAGGAGGACCGGAGUAUGAUUUCGGAGAGCGAUGCUGUUGGCGAUGAGCUUGAUCAUGAGCAUGAUCAUGAUAAUGAGACAGAUGGCGAUAUCAUCGGCACUCCGCGCGCUGCCACACCGAUCCAGGAAAGCGGCAGCUCGCAUGUCGUGAAAGAAGAUGACAUUCUUCAUGCUCAUGAUUUAUCAACUGCCACCAAAGAGACUCGUGUGUCCUUGCAAGCCAUGGUGGAUUCAGACACCCCAACUGUCACAGCAGAGGCGGCGGUGCCAGGGAUCGAAAGUGCUCGAGCUUCGACACAGCGUGCAUACACGCCUACCCAGGAGCAUCCCUUGUCUAAGCCUGAGUAUGAUGGGACUGGUUGGGGAGAUGACGAUGAGUAUGAUGAGCCGGGGACGCCAGAGUCGGUGAUCCACCAUCCGGUGGACCACUAUGAAGAUGAUGACGAAGAAGAUAUCUACGAAGAUGAACAAGAGCAAGAGCAAGAGAACGAUGAAGAGCACGAGCAUGAGUAUGAACGCGAGCAAGAUCACGAACAGAGUCCAGAGGUGGAAGACCACGAAGAUGAGCAUAGUCUGGAGUCGCCGUCCGUUCCGGAGCGAGUUGCAACGAUCAAAGCGUCCGGCUCGAGGCUGAAGACACGACCUUCGGCAACGCCAUCUGAUAUUGAAGCUAUGCGCGAGGCUCGGCGGCAGGUCAGCCGCGAAAUACCGAUAGUGCCCACAAUCCCAGAUCGCCACCGCAACCGGCUUUCUCGUGACAUGGGUGCCUCAGAGGAUGAGGAGGGCGAGCUGGAGCAGGGCCACUUUUUGGAGCGACAUCCCAGCUUUAAGAAGAGCAGUCUGACGCUGGAUCUUGGUUUGGAUCUGAGCCUUGACAAGGACUUUGACCGCGUGAUUGAGGCACAAAAGCGCGGAUACCUUAUGCGGCAGAACACGAAGCUCGUUGCUGCCAGCGACAAGGAUGGUGAUGACUAUCGUGGUACACGCUCAGCCGGCAACUCGCCGGUGAAGGCUAUUCGGCCGCAGUCGUGGACGGUAGAGCCAUGGAACGGUCAGGCGAAGAGGAAGAGCAUCCGAAAGCGGUCGGUCAUGCCUGGUCCUGUGCCGCCACUCCCUGGGCAGGCGAGCAAUGCUGUUGCUCCGAAUGCUCUGGGAGAGGAGGACAUCCUGACGGACUUGCCGAAUGACGAAGGCGCAGAGCGCGGCCGUCUGUUUGUCAAGGUGAUGGGGGUCAAAGAUCUGGAUCUUCCGAUCCCGCGAACGGAGAGAACGUGGUUCAGUUUGACACUGGACAACGGCGUGCAUUGUGUGACGACUGCGUGGCUGGAGCUCGCGAGAAACGCGCCAAUUGGGCAGGAGUUUGAGCUUCUCGUUCCCAAUGAGCUGGAAUUCCAGCUCACGCUCAAUGUCAAGCUGGAGAAGCCGCUGGUGGUGAAGAAGACAAUCCAGCCAGCUCCUAAGGCUGUGCGGCCGAAGGCUUCCACAUUCAGCCGGGUGUUUGCGUCGCCGAAGAAGCGGAAAGAGAUGGAGCUCCGGAUGCGAGAGGAAGAGGAGCGAAUGGAGCGCGAGCAGCGCGAGGCACAGGCACGGCUCAAGAGCGCCCAUCCGACGUCAUACGACCUGCUAUCGCCGAUUGUGGCGGAGGACGGAAGCUUUGCGCGGGCAUAUGUGUGUCUGAAGGAGCACGAGUCGCGGUGCUACGGCCGUCCGGGGAUCGUGGAGGUGGCGUGCUUCAACGAGUGGGCAACGGAAGAGGCGAACUUUGCGUGCAGCGUGAAGAGCAAGCGGGGCAACGUGGCGGUUGUUCGGAAGGCGCCAUACAAGAUUGGCAAGCUGGAGCUGCAGCUUCUGUUUGUGCCGCGGCCUCGGGGAGUGACCAACGACGACAUGCCGAAGAGCAUGAACUCGUGCAUCCGGGAGCUGAAGGCGGCAGAAGAGCGGCUGUCGCGCAACUGGGAGGGCCAUCUGAGCCAGCAGGGCGGCGAUUGUCCGUACUGGCGUCGUCGUUACUUCAAACUGGUGGGAACGAAGCUGACAGCCUACCACGAGGCGACUCGACAGCCGCGGGCGACGAUCAACCUGGCGAAUGCCAAGCGGCUGAUUGACGAUCGGCGGGCGCUGACGGAGAAGGAGACGACGGGCAAGAACGGUAAGCGUCGGCGGUCAGCGUUUGCGGAAGAGGAGGAGGGGUAUAUGUUUGUGGAAGAGGGAUUCCGGAUCCGGUUCAACAACGGUGAAGUGAUCGACUUCUACGCAGACACGGCCGAGGACAAGGCUGGCUGGAUGAAGGUACUCGCAGACGUGACAUCGCGCGACAGCAUAAGCAGCAAUGGCAGUGACGACGAGAUGAGCUCGCGUGGGCGAAGCAAGUGGUGCGAGCUAGUGUUCAAGCGCGAAGAGACGCUGCGUCGGCGGGCGGAGGGACGGCGGGUGACAUCGCGGACAAAAAGUAUGUACGUCUGA